AUGGGUACUGUUACGUGGACUUUGUCAGGCAGCAUGAUCCUGGCCACGGUGGACUGGCCUGGCUCGGCACAGAUAACCGUUUUAUUUUUUGAUGAGUUGGUGUCAGUUCUAGAGCAUAUAACGAUGUUAAAUGCAAAUAUUUUACUGAUGGGCGACUUUAAUGUGCAUAUCGAAAGGAAAGAUGAUCCAAACACCAUACGUUUAUUUGAAAUAUUUGAGGUCUUUCAACUAGUUAAUCAUGUUAACGAGUCAACGCAUUUACGAGGUGGGACAUUGGAUCUGGUUGUUAGCUCCGUUGAUUUUCCUAUUAUUAGUACUACAGUCUUACCUCAUGGAGUUUUUUCUGAUCACAGUUUUAUAACAGUGGAAACAAUAAUUGCUAAACCAUGUCGUAUCCCAACAAAAAGGUUUGUCAGAUCAUGGAAAAAUAUUGAUGAGGAUAGAUUUAUUGAAGCUGUCUUAAAUUCUCCCCUGUCUGGUUCUUGCCUCAGCAAUGAUCAUAUUGCAUGCGACCGAGGAAAGGUCCUUGCUAUCGAACCCAGUCAAAUCAACAGCAAGUCUAGACACCUUAUCCCUUAG